AUGACUUACAAGGCUGGAGAUCUUGGUACAGGGAAUAUGGAUAAUACUAGUCACUCGAGCAUUGUGAGUAUUGGUGAUAUUUGUUUACGGACAGAGUUGGGACAUCAGUUAACACUGAAAGAUAUUUUCUUCAUGAAAAGAGCCAUGGCAUUGCUGUUAAUCUGCAUAGCAGCAACCUUCACAACAGUGACAGUAGAUGGCUCCUCAAAAGUCACCAAUGUCUUUGUUAUGAUGUCAACAGUAACCGAUGAAGAUGAACAUAAUGAAGAAGUCAUUGAGGAAACCACUGACAUGAAUGGUAGUAAUGAUGAUGAGACUGUUUAUGAUGUUCCUGAGCAGGGGGCAACAUCAUCAAGAGGAGCCAGAAGAGCCCCCAUUAAGAAGAGAACCAAGGUAGAUCUGUGUGUUUAUUUCAACAGAUUUUCUAAUGGAAAGUUUCUAAUCCUUUUACUUUAUGUUGAUGAUAUGUUGAUUGUAGGACAUGAUGCUCAGAUAAUAGCCAUGUUGAAGAAGGAGAUGUCCAAGACAUUUGACAUGAAGGACAUGGGUCAAGCACGUCAGAUAUUGGAAUACAAAUUACUCGUGGUGGAGAAGGACUUAGAAGGAGCAAUAGUAUGGUUUUGGAAGGUAAUAAAUGAAGGAGACAAAGUGGAAAGUGCACUAAAAGAUAUGGCAGUUGUGAUGAAUCAAUUGGAUCGAACUGAAGAAGCCAUUGAAGCUGUAAAGUCCUUUAGACUUCUUUGCCCCAAACAAUCCCAACAUUCAAUUGGCAAUGUCCUCAUUGAUUUGUACAAGAAAUGUGGGAAAGUUGAUGAGCAAAUAGCCAUGUUGAGACAUAAACAUAGGAUGAUUUAUAAUGGUGAGACUUUCAAUGGAAAACCCACAAAAUCUGCUAAAUCUCAUGGCAAGAGAAUCCAGGUUUCAGUCAAGCAAGAGACUUCAAGAUUAUUGGGAAAUUUAGGAUGGGCAUACAUGCAAAAAGGGAAUUACAUAGUAGCUGAGGUUGUGUACAAGAAAACCCAGAUGGUUGAUCCUGAUUCCAGUAAGGCAUGCAUCUUGGCUCAUUGCUUGAUCAAGAAAGCGCGGUUUGACGAAGCUCGGUCCAUUCUUGAAGAUGUUGUCAUUGGAAGGUUGGCUGGUAGUGAUUUAAUCAAGAUUAGAAGUCGGGCUGAGGAGUUGCUGUUGGAGAUCGAUUCGGCUCAAGCCACGGAUUUGUUGACUAGCGAAUUGGGCUUUGUAGGUGGAGAUAUAGUUGAUAAGUACUCUGCGAGUUUCAGGUGGAGGCGGCUUCCUAUCUUUGAGGAGAUCUCCCCAUUAAGAGAUCAACUAGCUUGUGUGUUUCUAAAGAGUGUAGAUGGGAAUUAA